CGUGUCAUGUAAGCAACGACUCCGUGGAACGGGUUUCCUACUAGCAAAGACUAGAGCAGACGGUAGCUUCUUUCCUUUGCGCCGUUUUUUUUUCCGUAUCACUCGAGGCAGAAGAUGGAUGUGAAAGAGGAAGUGUGUGAGGCUGACAUAAAUAUCAUGAAGGAAAGGAUGAUAAAUGUUAAGGAGGAAGACUGUGGAUGGGAGUGGGUCUACCCUAAACAGGAGAGUCUGGAUAUCAAGGAAGAGGACUGUGUAGUGGGAUCAAUGAAUAUUAAAGAGGAGGUUGAGGAGAUGUGUGUCAGAACUGAGAUGCUCAACUAUAGAAGUAUGGAGAGCGUCGAGGAAGAUGACCUUUAUUAUGAAUAUCAAGAUGGAGCAGUGACCGGGUUAGUCUCUUCUCAUAGCAGACACUGUUCAUCUCCAGAGUCUUCUGGCAAUGUAAAAUAUGAAUCACUACAGUCUGACACAAAGAACACUGGAGAAGGUUCAUCUCCUAGAACUCAGGAAGGUCAGCCACCAGCUAAAAUGUUAUCUAAAACAAGCAUCAAACUUCACCGCUGUUCUGAGUGUGGCAAACGAUUUUCUGAUGUGAGUAAACUUCAGAGCCACAAAAGAAUUCACACAGGAGAGAAGCAGUUUGGUUGUAGUAAAUGUGGCAAGCACUUUUCAAAAAGACAUUAUCUCCAGAAUCACCAAAAAAUUCACACAGAGGAAAAGCCACAUUUCUGUUCUGAAUGUGGCAAAACGUUUUCUUGGAGAAGCCAUCUCCAGAGCCACCAAAGAAUUCACACAGGGGAAAAGCCAUAUUACUGUUCUGAAUGUGGUAAACAAUUCUCGCACAGUUUUAAUCUUCUGAUGCACAUUAAAACUCACUCGGGUGAAAAGCCAUAUUGCUGUUCUGAAUGUGGCAAACAGUUUUCACGAAGUAACAACCUUUCAACUCACAAAAGAAUUCACACAGGUGAGAAGAAGUAUUGCUGCCCUGAAUGUGGAAAACAAUUCUCACACAGUAAUACUCUUCUGACACACAUUAAAACUCACACAGGAGAGAAGCCAUAUUGUUGUUCUGAAUGUGGGAAACAGUUUUCACGGAGAAGCCAUCUUCAGAGCCACAAAAUAAUUCACACAGGAGAGAAACCGUUUUGCUGUUUGGAAUGUGGCAAACAAUUUUCACGUAGACACCAUCUCCAGAGCCACCAAAGAAUUCACACAGGGGAGAAGCCAUAUUAUUGUACUGAAUGUGGUAAACAGUUCUCGCACAGUAAUACUCUUCUGAGGCACAUUAAUACUCACUCAGGAGGAAGCCAUAUUGCUGUUCUGAAUAUGGCAAACAGUUUUCACAAAGACGUCGCCCUUUGAGUCACCAAAUGAUUCACAUAGGACCAAAGCCAUAUUGCUUUAUUGAAUAUGGUAAACAGUCCCACAAAGGAUUUCCACAUAAGAGAGAAUUGUUUGGAUUAGACAAAUGCACCAAAGUAGCAUUCAAAAAGAAACACUUGGGAACUGACGAGGGUGCAGACAUAAACCAUAAAGAGCAGGAGUGACUGCACAAAAAAGGUAAAAAUGAUCCUUAGAAGUAAAAUACAAGCAGUUAAUCUGCUAAUGUCAUGGGGUGGCCUUGCGCCCUGUACAAGCUGGGAUUGGCUCCAGCAGACCCUCAUGACCCUGUGUUAGGAUAUAGUGGGUUUGGUAAUGACUGACUGACUCAUCGGCUAGUAAAACCUGUCAUCUCAUACACCUUUGAGAUCAUAGACUUGCCACGGAAAGACCUCGGCUCUGGAUCUAAGAAAAAUGUUGCUUCAGGCCAACAAACAGAUAUACAAAAAAACAAUGCACGUCAAGGAUUUACUUUCCGGGACAGAAAGAGGAAUGCAUUUAAUACAAGUCAAUUACACCUGUAGAUCAUCACUCCUAGGACAGAAAGAGUUCUGUCUCAGCCACAUUUGUAAAUUAUUGCAGCCUGAUCUAGAACAGUGGAUGCCUGACAUUCCCAAAAGGUUUGCAAAGAGUGAGCCAGUUUCCUGCUAUAAGCUCAUGUGGACCAAAACCUGACAAAGGAAUGGCUCAGGAGAGUAGAAAUGAGAUGCACAAAUGAAAAUUUGCUAAUGACCACUUCAGAUGGUGGAUUGUGUGCAAUUUAUUUGCAACAUUUUUAAGAGUUAAAAGAAAUGGGGAAAAAGCAACCAAUAAAGGUUUUGCAACAAGCUGGUGGAAGCAAUACUGAACUUUAUACUGCUGGAUUUAAAACACUGUUGUCCAAAAACCUAUUCAUGGAAAGACACAACUAAGUAGCCCAACUGCUUUAUUUGAAACUGCAAAAAAUAUGAGUUCCAGAAAGAAUUAUUGAAAAUGAAUUACGGCAUCACCUGGGGAAUACCGGUCCCAACGUUCAGAAAAUUCACAACCAGAAAACUUGAUAUCGUAGUUGUGGAAAAAACAUUUAAACAGUUCCUGGAUAUUUGAGGCAUCAGUCACAAAUGAAAUCUCAAACAGAGAGAGAAAAGAUAACAAAAUAUCAGGAGAUACGAUCAGAAAUAAGGACCCAGGUAUGAAAUAACAAAAGGAACUAAUCCCAAUGUUCUGUGAAUCUACCGUGUUUGUCUAAAAGUGCAUUUAAGCAGAUUUACACAUCAAAGUUAACCCUAUGAGCUCCAACAGGAGGCACCGUUAGGAACAAUGCAGAGAGCACUAGCAGUAAACCUUAAAAAAUGUAAAAAGGCAGUGUACAGAGGAUCCUGUGACUUAAGGGUGAGGUUAAUGAUGAUAAUGAAGAAAUCAACCUGAGGAAAAAGUAAUUUGUCGUGAACGUGGAAAACAAUUCUAUCACAAAAGUAGUCAUCAGAGCCACAGAAGCAUUCGCGCAGCAGAGACGAAAUGCAAUCUGAGAUGAGCCAGAUGUGGAAUAAGACCUCUGAGAUUGUCCAAGUGGUGCUGGGAUCAACAGGCCUUAUGGGGGAAAAAAAAAUUCCAGGCCCAUCUGGAUGCCCUGUUAAUUACUAUCACUCCAUAUGAAUUACAGAAGGAAUUGCUGUUAAGGACAACGUAAGUACUGCGCUGAGCUCUGAUAGAUACUUUAUUAAUCCCAAGGGAAAAUUCACACACUUCAGCAGCAGCAUACUGAUAGAAAACAAUAAA